AUGGGAAAAAGAUUUAGUAUUGGAAUAUCAAGUGUGAUCACAGUGUUGGAGUUCGCCUCUAUGGCGUUUUUGAUCAUUUGCUGCGUCACAGCACCAGUUUUUAGCCAGAUAGGGCUCUCGAAGUACGAUAGCACCGUGUAUGGAACUUUCGGUUACUGUAAGAGUGGUGAUUGUAGCGCUGCAUCUGCGAACUAUGGACCUGAAAGUAUUGAUUCGGACGCUGACUGGAGUAUGAACAGCUCUGCGAGAACGUCGUUAGGUAAGAUUCUAAUUGUGGUGCCAAUUGCAGCCGGUUUGACUUUUUUCGCGAUGUUCAUCAAUUUCCUCGCGCAGUUCUCCUCAGUUGGCAGACACGCGGCCGUUUUUGUGAUUAAUUUGCUGCUAACGCUCCUUGCGUUUGCAUCUUCAGCACUGGUAUGCAUCGUGGUAUUCCUGUUGUUCUACCCACACGUGACGUGGUGUUCUUGGCUUCUGGUGCCCGCUGCUGCGCUCAACUUGCUGUGCGUGCCUCUCACCUUCGUGGCGCAUUCGCAGGCCGCUAAGGGUGAUGAUCUCGAGGAAGAUUCGGAUGACGAGCAGAAAUUGAACCGUUUAGAGACUUUGGGCUCGCAGAGCAACUUCCGCCUCAACGAAUAUUACAACGAGUCCAAAUCGUCUGCACUCGAAAAGCCAGUGAAUUUACCGGACUAUUACAAAGGCUCUCAAAUAGUUACCUCGACAACUUUAAACUCUGGUACAACCGACUCCAGGUCCGAACGUGAAGCACUAAUGACAGAUCAGCAAGGACCAAACCCCUACGCUAAGACUUCAAUGAAUAACUCUGCUAUGGUACCCUUGUCUGAAGAACCGAACGACGAAAUGCACCAAACUCGGCCAUACUCUGUGAUUCGCGACUCGGAUGCAUCUUUAGGAAGAUCAGGGGCUAGUAGUAAGACCGGCGCAAUCCCUGCCUACAAUGCACCUCAGCAAUUUUAUCGCGACAUUUCGAACUCUUCGUCUUUCUAUACAGAAAGUCCUAAGGGUGUUUCACGUACAGGUAGUUUAAAUACUACGGAUUUGAAGCCCAACUCCGUGUUGGGUUUGGACGAUACUCGUAAGAAAAACCAGCCAACAGGGCAUGACGAACUACAAGGUAUCAUCAAGAAUGCUAUUGAUGAAGAGGACGAUGAUGAAUUCAUUAAGCAGCAGACUGUCGACCCAAGCGAAAUUCCACCUUUAGACGACGACGAUGGAAUCAAGGAUGAUGAUUCUGAUUUCACUUCGGUUUCGCAAAGAGGAGUCAAUCCAAAUUAUAUGCCAUCUGUUACCGCUAAUAGAGUUCAACACCCACAACAUAUGCCUAUGGUUGCGAACCAAAAGCCACGUGUAGGGCUACUUCCAUCUGCCAAUCAUUACUUCCCCCCACAGCAGUAUUCGGGUCCACCUGUCCAGCAGGGUCACACACCUUAUGCUAGGGCACCUGCUUUUCAACAUCACCCACCUCAAAUGUAUCAACAGCAACCUUCAGCAGGGUAUCCGCAGCAAUAUCAAGUGCCUCCUCAAAGAUCUCAAUAUGGAAAUGCACCCACUGCUUCCGAUAUGGUGCUGAAUGCGAACCCUGAUUUCAUGGUUGCCGGAAAUGCAAGAAAACCUCGGGGUCCAAAUAUGUACCCACAAGCAGGCGCCACUAGUACACAUUACAAGCCUGCUUACAAGAAAAGGUUACCUAGGCAAACCAAUUUGCCACCUGCUUCUAUGACGAGAGAAGGUCCUUACUCUGGGAUGAUGUAA